AUGGAUGGUAUAAAGUGUUUUUCUUGUGGUAAAGAAGGGCAUAUAAAGAAAGAGUGUCCGGAAAUUAAAGCUAAAAAACUUGCAAAAAUCAAGUGUUUUAACUGUGGACGACAUGGGCAUAUUGCCAAAGAGUGUAAAGAGGAAUGUUCCGCACCAUCCGGCAAUUUGGCGACAACUUCGUCAAUGGCUAUGUCAACGAGUUUCUCAACAGUGAACGGUUUAUAUUCAUGUUUCAAUGCAAAUGAAGUCCAUGUACCUGAAUCUGCUGUGAAAUACAUUGAUUCUCACUGUCAUUUGAACUACGUGUUCGAUAAGAAUCGACAUCGUGAAGGAUUUGAUAGCUUUAAGCACAAGUUCAAUUUUCCAGAAAAUUUUAGUGGAUGCAUUACAAGUUUUUGUGAUCCAGCCUCGUUUUCAUGUCUUGGGAUUUGUGAUGAUUUGUUAGCUCACGAUCAGGUUUGGGCUGCAUUUGGCUUUCAUCCACACAAUGCUAAGUAUUACAAUGAUCAUUUGGAAUACAAGCUUUGUGAGAGAUUACAGCAUCCAAAAGCAGUUGCUUUGGGCGAAAUUGGACUUGAUUAUUCUGUCCGAAUUCAGUCUGAGGUUGAAGUGCAGAAGGCAGUGUUUCUAAGACAGGUUAGGCUUGCCGAAGUUUGGAAGAAGCCACUUGUUAUACAUUGUCGUGAAGCUGAGAAUGAUGUUUUUGACAUACUUUCAUCAAAUUUACCAAACAAUUGGAAGAUUCAUUUGCAUUGCUAUACUGGUAGCUAUGAGAUUGCAUCAAAGUUUCUCAACUAUUUCCCUAAUCUAUACCUGGGGAUCAGUGGUGUGGUCACUUUUCCAAAGGCAUCACAAGUUCAUAGUGUUGUUUACAAUGCACCUAUUGAGAGGAUGAUCCUUGAAACUGAUGCACCUUAUCUGGUGCCAAGCUGUUUUGGAAGAGAUACAAGACUGAGUCAUCCUGGAAUGAUACCUUUUAUUGCUAAGGAGGUAGCUAACAUAAAAAACAUGCAUUUGGAUCAAGUACUUAAACAUGCAUUGGCAAACACAAAAGGUGUUUAUGAUCUAUAAGGGAAGAGGCAUAACUUUCACACAGCAGAGAUUGUGAGCAACCCCUGAUAUGAGCGACCAAAGCUCUUUGAAAGAGGCUUAGUGCAUGAAUUGUCCACAUUUUAACUAGACCUUUGAAUUGUAGACAUUUUAUGUUUUUUUACACACAUUGCAUCAUGAGUCAGAAAAUAACUCUACUCUUGCAAACUGAUGGAAUUGUAUAUAUUUUAUUCAUCAGAUAGUUUAAAGACUUUGUAGCUUUUAUAGAUUCAGUAAUGCCACUUCAAAAUUAUGUAGUUGUUUUAACUAAAAGUACUUACGAUAAGAUUUUAUAUGCAGCUGUUGCAGCACUUCUUUAAAAUAUAUCCUUCUUUAAUAGCAUAUGUAGAAUUGUCUGUAAAGGUAUUUUCUAAUUUGUAAAAUAUGAAAAACCAAUGUACAAGUCAUAAACAUCUUGUGCGACUGUUCACCGUCACCGGAAGGUGAAAACGACGGUAAUAC